AAGUUCCAAAAAAGAAAUAUUAAAUUAGAAGACGGUUCUUUUGCAUGCUUAGUGGCACUGCAUGUGCUCAGGAAUCACGCAGCUUUCCUUUAUAUGCGAAUAACCCCACCGUCCAUCCAUUUAUAUAAAAACCAUUCUCUCUUCUCUUCUUAGUCCUCUCUCUCUCUAUUAACUCUUUCUCAUACAUUGUCAAAUCAAAUUUGAGAAACUUAUUAGAAUCUACAUAGUACAUUCAUCCUUUGGUGAAAGACAAAAAUGGGAGAAGAAGCUAAGCAAGAACAAGCCAAGGCAGAGACUAAACCAGAGGAGAAGAAGGAAGAGAAAGUUGAGGAGAAGAAAGAAGAGGAGGAGAAGAAGGAAGAGCCGAAACCACCAUCUCCUUUUGUGUUGUUUGUGGACUUGCAUUGUGUUGGAUGUGCCAAGAAGAUUGAGAGGUCCAUCAUGAAAAUUAGAGGAGUUGAGGGGGUUGCUAUAGAUAUGGCUAAAAAUGAGGUGACCAUAAAGGGAAUAGUUGAGCCUCAAGCAAUCUGCAAUAAAAUCAUGAAGAAGACCAGAAGAAGAGCAAAAGUCUUAUCCCCAUUACCAGCAGCUGAGGGUGAACCUAUUCCAGAAGUUGUCACUUCACAGGUUAGUGGACCAGUUACAGUUGAACUCAGUGUGAACAUGCAUUGUGAGGCCUGUGCUGAGCAACUUAAGAGCAAGAUACUCAAAAUGAGAGGAGUCCAAACGGCUGCAACUGAGCUCAGUAGUGGGAAAGUCAUUGUAACAGGAACAAUGGACGCAAACAAGCUAGUAGAUUAUGUUUACAGACGAACAAGAAAGCAAGCAAGAAUCGUGCCGCAACCCGAACCGGAGCCCGAGAAGAAAGAAGAGACCAAGGAAGGUGAUGAUCAGAAGCCUGCAGAAGUGGCAAAAGCAGAAGAGAAGAAAGAAGAUGAAAAGCCACCUGCAGAAGAAGCUGCAAAGAAAGAAGAAGAGGGAAAUAGUGGUGAUCAAAACAAGGAAGAGAAGAGUGAGGAAAAUAAGGAGAACAAAGAUCAAGAGGGAAUUAAGAAGGAAUUAUUAGGAGGACUAGAAAAUGGAAUUCCUAUGGAUCACGAGGAAAACAUGAAGAGAAUGAUGUACUAUUCCCAGCCUCUCUAUGUGAUUGAGAGAAUCCCACCUCCUCAGCUCUUCAGUGACGAGAAUCCAAAUGCAUGUUGCAUUUCAUAAUAAUUGUAUAUCAUGCAUGUAUAAUAUCACAAAAUAAGAUUUGAAAGUUCAUAAUAACAAAGAUGUUAAUGUUAUUAGAUGGUGUAAAAUGUUUUAAAUUGAUAAUACUACCACCACUCGU